UUUUUUUUUACCCCAUAAUAUCUUAAAAUAACACACAUUGCUGUAUAUCAUAAUCACUUCAAUCAGCCAACAGUAAAAUAUGGGUGAGUUCGAAGACCUCAAGAAGCUUGGUACAAAGCAUACUCGCGCCACCGAAUCAGAACUUCAAAAGAAAAAACAACAGCUUGAAUAUGAAGAACUUCAACGUAAGCAACAGGAAGAAAUCCAGCGGAAACGAAAAGAAGCCGAGACUCGAAAGUUACUCCGCGAAGAAUUACAGCGGAAAAAACUAGAGGAAGAACAGCGUCAGCGGGAUGCCGCAGCCUCACAGAGGGCAAAAGAACGUGCCAAGCAACAGGAAAAAGAACAAGAACGAGAGAGGCAAUUACAGGAAAAAGAACGGACUAGGAAACAACGUGCCAGCGCCAAUGGUCCUACUUAUUCGUCUUCACGUUCCAAACCAACAUAUUCAGGGGUAUCGUCUCUAUCAAGGUCCCUUGAAUCAUCAAAGUCUUUGUCCAAAAAAGCAAAUUAUUCAUUUGAAGACUUACAAAAGAUUGCCAUGUCCAAUGGAACGAGAACAGGGCGUUCUGGAUCAAAGACAGAAAGCAGAGCUGAGGAUCGGGACUACAGUAGAGGCGGAGACAGAUAUGACGAUAAAGUUAAUAGUCGUCGGGCAGCAGCAGAGAGACUCAAAGUGAACCGAGGCAUUAGCCCAGAGCGACCACUUUCAGCCGCACAAUCCUACGCAGGAACAAAAAUUUUAAAAAAACCCCCUGUUAAACGAAGCACAGCGCCAAAAAGCAUGUUCCCUACACCACUCAGGAGUCCUGGUAUGGGCUUAAAUCAUGUACGGGACGCUGGACUUAAAGCUAUCCGUGAUGGACCGAUUCCUCUCAAUACAAAAAAGAGAGAUCUUCGUACCAUAGACGAAAUCAAUGCAGAUUUAAUUGCGAAAAAUGGCCGACGGGAAGAACGCGAUAGACGGAUGAAGGCGAUCGAAGAGGAAAGAGAACGUAUGCGGCAGCAACGUGAAAAGGCACUUCAAGCAGCUAAAUAUUCAAGGGCACUCAUGGGUGAUGAUGUAAAGGAGACUGAGCGGAUUUACAAGGAGGUGACAGGUGGCUCAAAAACUGCACGGAGUCCACGGUCUAUGAGUCGUAGUCGUAGUAGGAGCCCCAAGAAGAGAAGCCGUAGUCGAAGCCCUGUACGGAGAAAGAGGAGCCUCAGUCCUGUAAAUAAGAAGAGAAGCUAUAGCCCAGAUAUCAGGGACAGGAGCAUUAGCCCGCGAAGAAGGAGAAGUGUCAGUCCACCUGUGAAGCGGAAAAUGAAUAGGGAUCUAGGUGACAGAGAACGCGAUCGUGAUCGUGAUCGUGAAAGGGCUAUUGGGAAGAACAAGGCUAGCAAUGGCUCUAGUCGACGAUACUCUUCACACUCACCUUCUCCACGACCACCCUCUAAGAAACGAGUGAGUCCGCCUCGUGGUAAUGGGCGUGGAAGAGGACCAUUUGAUGAUGAAGAGGAACUUGAUGUUUCAGGCAUUAUUGGGUCCAUUUUUGGUACACGGUAUCAACGACGGGCAGCGAAUGAAGAUCUUUCUGAUGAUGACAUGGAAGCUAACGCGAGCGAACUUUUCCGUGAGGAGAAGCGAAGUGCACGGAUUGCGAGGGAAGAAGAUGAGAGAGAGGCAGAACUAGAGCGCGCAGAACUAGAACGACGCAAGCGCAAGCAUGAGCGAAACCGAGGGUGAUAUGGAAGACAAGUUUGAUGUUCUGCAUCUACCCGCUUAUUAGAGUGGGAUAUUACAUGCUACAUAUUCACAUGCAUCCACCUCCAAAAGCCGAAAAUAAAAAAGCCAAUUGCUUUCUCACGGUCACCAUCAUUUGAUUGGGCCGCGUAUAUUUGUG